UCCUACGAAGUCUCGCAAGAACCUCGCCUCGUUCGCUCCUCUUUGCCUUCUUAAUCACUCCCCCACAAAAAGCCUCCCGUCCUUUUUUAUUCUUAAGUUCGCUUGCGCUUUCCAUGCACCUAAUGACGUAACCCUCUCCUAAGCAUUAAGCAGAGUUUCCUAUUCUUCGCCCAAUCCCACGAAAAGUCACACACUUCUCUCGACUCACCCUUUCAGUUCCUCUCGAUCGGAUCGCGAGAUCUCCGGAGAAAUCCCGCCGCAGAUGGGCCAAUCUUUCGUUCCUUCGAUGGCGAGUUUGGGCCUCGUACUGGUCCUUGUUCUGGCCGUCGCGGUCCCAACCAGCGGAUUGAAUCCGAGGAAGCUGGACGACACCUCUGCUCCCGGAUCAGACAAGUGCUCUUACUGCACUCAGUCGCCUCCUCCUCCUCCUCCGUCGCCGCCGCCCCCUUCCCCUUGCCCGCCGCCCCCGGCCCUGCCACCCCCGCCUCCCCCACCGUCCCCGAAGAAGCCCCCGUCCUCGUACUGCCCCCCGCCCCCGCCGUCGCCAUCCUCCUACAUAUACAUCACCGGCCCCCCGGGAAGCUUGUACCCUAUCGACCAAAGCUUGAGCCGCGCCGGACGGAGCUUCGCGUCCGGGGCGCCGUUCUUGGUCGGACUGGGACUGAUGGGUCUUCUGGCUCUCUGGUGAGCCGUAUAGGGUGGGUCUUUCUUUCCCAUCUUUUUUACCCUUCUCCUUUCUCGAUCUUUUAACGACGAGAAGAUCGAUCAAGCGUAAGGUGGGCCGGAAUAAACUUUAGGGACAGCACGGUGCAUGGCUUCGAUCGAUCUUCAAGGACGGAAGGCGAUCUGACAGAAGAAUUUUUGCUACUUUUUAAAAGGGGAAAGUGAGUAGACAAAUGUUCCUUCUUCGACCUUUAUAUUUCGCCUUCAUUCUUCAUCUUCUUCCUUCUUGUUAUGUCUCCUCCCACCGUGUACUUAGCUUCGUCAUCCACAAUUGUUCAAUAAUUGCUGUAUGAAUCAAGAAAUCAUGAUUCGGUCGGAA